AUGGCUAAGAGCACAAAUGAUACGAAGAGCAAGAACUUCAUCAACAAAGAGUUACUACUCGAAAUUAAGAAAAUGGAGAAAGAGCUAAGGAAGCGAAAUGAGGAAUACGAGGAGCUGAACAAUAGCUACCGGGAGGUUUACGGCUCCUACAUUGUGAGCAAGACAAACCUGGAUGAGGCGACAAAUAAUUACGAAGAGCAAGUCCUCAAAUUGGAGACCAUGAUAACGGAAAAGGAAAAUCAGUACUGCGAUUUGCAGGAAAGCUUCCAAGAAUUGCUGGAAGAUAAAUGCAAAUUAGAGGCAGAACUUCAGGGCUACCAGAAAGCCAUCUACGAGAUGGAGGAAAACUGCGCUUCGCUAAAGGAGUCUCAUAAGGAGGAACUGAAAGAAAUCCAAGAAGAGUUGUCCAAUCUGUCCUCUCAAAUGGACAGUAUGAAUGAGGAGCUAGAGUUCACGAAGGAAAGAUGCAGAGAUUUGGAGCGAUUAAAUGAGGAAAAAGCCUCCACCAUCGACACCCUCACUGGGGAAAUUGAGAACUUAAAAGAGGAGAAAAAAGUGCUCGGAAUCGACGUGGAGAUUAUCAAAGCGCAGCAACAGAGAAUUAACGAAGAGAUGCAGCAGGUGCAUAAGGAUAAGGAGGAACUAGGUCGAGAAAAGGAAGAAGUGGAGCGAGAAAGGGAAAAAGUUGAUCAAGAAAGGGAAAAAGUUGAUCAAGAAAGAAAAGAACUGGGGCGAGAAAAAGAACGCAUGGACAAAUGCAGGGAGGAGUUACUUCAAGAGAAAGAACUGAUACAGAUCGAUAGAGACGAACUGGGAAAGGAAAAACACAGACAGGAAAACAACAUGAAAAGUAUAAUCAUAAAAUUUACCGACUUGCAGAAGGAGCUUGAUGAUCUUGCGUCGGAAAAUUCGACGAAGGAGUCCUGCUUACGGGAGAGCGAACAGAGGGUGCGCGCGCUGGAGAAGGAGGCCUCCCUCUGCAAGAACAAGAUUUCCAACCUGGACCAGAAGAUGCAGGAGCUAAAGAGCGAACUGGCCACAGAGAAGCAGAAGAGUAGCGAACUCCAGCAAGAUACAGUGAAUAAAACUGGAGAGCUUCUCAAGAGGGACUCUAUUAUUCAGGUUUUAUAUACCAAGCUGAAAGAGAAAGAAAGCGAGUUAGUACUAUUCCAGAAUGAAAAUUUAUCCCUCAAGAAUCAAAACAACGAGCUCAGCAAAAUAUGGGACAGCAGGAAGAGCGAAAUGAACAACGUAGAAGUUGAUUUAUAUCAAAAGCUAUCUAAGUUAAUUAUUAAGAACAAAAUCCGGGAUAGGGACGAUCUGCGCUUUGAUGGGCACCCUCAGUCAUUUCUUCUGAAAACGCUGUGGUCCGGCUACGUCGACAUGUGCAAGAGCAUCCUGAAGACGAGGGACGGGUACUUGUACAGCGGAAGCAGAAAUCACCGCUUCAUUUGCGCCUACAACACGGACUUGUUCCUGGACGUGAGGCAGGACAACACGAAGAAGUACCUGCUGUCCUACAGAAACGAAACGAGGGGAAUCUUCCAGGUCAAUGAAGACGAGGUGAAGAGCCUGGUGUACGUGGGCCCACUGAGCAAGUUCCAAGGACAGAGCGUUGCCCCAUGCAGCAACAAAGUUAACCUCGAAAUGACCAAGGGAAAGAGAUGCAAUUACGUGUUUGAAGAAAUGUACGUGACUAAGAAAGGAACCAAAAUAGUCCUGAUCAAGGAAAAACAAACAGGCAAAUAUUUUAGUGGUUUGCACAAAAAUAUGCUUCCCCAGGAAAAUGAAAAGAAGAAGACAGGAGUGGACAACCUCGAAUACAACAAUGUUGUGAGCACGCUAAUUAAUUACAUGACCAAUGAGGAGAAGGAGAGCUCCAAGGGCGACAUCAUUUUGAGGACGUCCAACCAAAAGGUCAAGAUUGAAAGUGGGGAGGAACCCUUGGAGGGAGUGAACAAAACGCGUCUUGUUAAAAACCAGCGGGAUAAAUCCAACCCUGGACACGCUCCCAAAGCGGCAGAAGCGAGUACUAAUAAAAGUGAAACUAAAGCAACUGGGAAGACAGAGGUAGGAAAGAAGAACACGAAGUUGGCGUCCCCAUCUCGGGUCACCCCGAAGGGCAAUAACAAGCAACUGAAAAAUGAGCAGCAAAUGAGUGAAGAAAAUUUACACAGGUAUAAUAUCGCCAAGGAGAUGCUACUGCUCCCGGGCAGCAAUGGUAGCAACGGACGCGAUGACAACACCCAUGGAGACGUUAACCGAGGCAGUGACGGGGGUGACAGCGCGAGCACAGCGGAUGGCGGCCGCGUGCCCCUCUUCCAUUUGAAAAACGAAUACGCGAAUGACACAGAGGAGGAGUCAAAAUGUGCCACAAGGGAGAAAUCGGCGGUGUGUCCCAUGAAUGGGAAGAACUCGGUUAACUCGUUUUUAAAGCAUCCUAGUGCAGCAGCUGAUUGUGCCGCUCCCCUUGCUAGUACAGCUGACUUUAACGAUACCAACAUUGUGCUCAGUAUAAACAAGGAGGAGGCAAUUUUGUUCGAAGUUUUUAAUUAUGAGCAGAUAGCCGAGCAUGACGCUGUGCGAUUUGCCUCGGAGUAUGUGCUGCAUUUCCUUUCCAAUUGGCAGAAGGGUGGCUACUGCUCUUCUUUGCAGGAUGCGUCGUCCACGACUGUUUGUAGUGAGCAAAGCUCUAAUGUGUUCACGUCACUCGAUGGCGAUUGGUGCAUCCUCCCUGCGUACAUGUCGUACACGUGA